CCUCACGAUUGGGUAGUGGACCAGGAGCGCCUGGAAGCCCGUCGCGCAUCAAGGCAACCCUGUCGCGCGCAACCGGUGGACUGCGCAAGAUGUCUGGUAAAGCUGGCGAUGGGGGCGCGGCUGCGGCAGCCUCGGCUGCGCAAAAUUCUGGCCCCUACUCAUCGUCCGACGAUCCUUUUCUCGGCGGUGGAGGAGCAGGACUGCGCCCGCCUCCAGCUCCAAGCUCGGGAGCAGCUCGAAGCGCAUCUCCCGAUGUAUUCAUGCGCGGAGCAUCUCCGCUCUCUGCCUUUCCAUCCACUACGAGUGCUGCUCUCUCACCGGGCGCGUACGACGCUCCAGGCACACCAGCUGCAAGAGCGCAGAAGAAGCGCAUCAGCGUGGACAUGAUUGGAGCGCCAAAAGCUGGCACCUUUGUGCAUGCGGCCCACGCGAGCGAUGCGGAGCAAGCAGAGGAAAUCUUGCGCAGAUGGGGUCGGGAUGGGAUGGGCAAGAUUGCGGACCCAGCUUGGUUCGAGCCCAUCAAAAAUGCCAUGCGCCAACAAGCGAUCCGAAACCAAGCUGAAGCGAUCGCGCAAGUCCAGGCCGCGUUGCACCAAGAGUCGGUCAUUCGAGAUCAACCAAGGCAGUUGCACAUCGUCAAUGGCACAGCCAGCAACGCUUCCUCCGCCCUCACUACCACCACGGCCACAGCUGGUCACAGCUAUGGCAGCGCGACUAGCCCCGGUCUUGCGGAUCAGCCGACAUCCGGGGUGACGGGCACAGCGCGCGGACCAUUUGCUGGCAUCGCCGAGGAGCUUCGAGGCUCGGACGGCGAGGCUAGACCGGCGCCCUAUCCGGAUCAAGUCAUCGCGCAGCCCAGGUCGUCUGCUCCACCUUCACCUCAAGCACGCCGAGCAACCACGCCCGCAUCUCCUUCUCCAACCGUGCGCCCCACUCCCCCGCCUCUGCCAAGAACCAAUACGGGAGGAACCAUGUUCGUAGCUUCGCCCGUGACGAGUGUCGAUCAAGAUGCGCCGGACUAUCUUCAAUUCCGACCUGCGCAAGCUCCAGCGGGUCUACAGCCUCCCAAGGCCAUCGAUGGACUGCCAGGAUCUGGAGGUCGGGGCGCUAUUGGCGCUCUGUUCGAGACGCGCCCCACGUCUAUGGUUGUGCGAGAGAUCGACGGCAUUCCGGCCGCUAACAGUCCCGCUAAGAACGAGCAGGACUACGAACACCAGCAGCGCAAGGCGGUGCUUGGUGAUGCGCAGCUCACGGAUGCUAUGGCCCUACGAGCCGGCGCAGCUCUGCGACCCAGCUUGACGACCAUCGAAAAGAGCGUCGCUGCGAAAAUCUUCUUCGAAAAUUUGUACUACGGCAUCUUGAAGACGCCGCGAGCGCGCGACACGAGGCGCGCAGGCUUGGAAGCGGAUUUGGCAUCGCUGCGCAUUCCAGAGUCCAGCAAGGACCUGAUCCGCGCAAAGUGGCUGGCCAACGAGACGGAGCACUUGCGCGAUAUUCGCGCACGCGUCAAUGUCAACAGCUUUGCCAAACUCAAGACGAUCGGUCACGGAGCUUUUGGUGUCGUCGCGCUGGUGCGCGAAAGAGGUACGGGCGAGCUGUUUGCGAUGAAGCAAUUACGCAAAGCCGAUAUGCUGCGCAAAGGCCAAGAAGGUCACGUGAGGGCUGAACGCGACCUCAUGACGAGUGCCAGUGGCGGCGCGAACGCCAAGUGGAUCGUCAAGCUGGUGUACAGCUUUCAAGACGUUGAUCAUCUGUACUUGAUCAUGGAGUUCAUGGGCGGAGGCGACUUGUUGAACUUGCUCAUCGAAAAGGACAUCUUCCAAGAAGACUUUGCUCGAUUCUACGUGGCCGAAAUGAUCCUUGCUAUACACGAGGCGCACAAGCUGGGUUACAUACACCGUGACAUCAAGCCCGACAAUUUCCUCUUCACCUCGAGGGGUCACAUCAAGCUCGCCGACUUUGGCCUCUGUCAAAGCUUUCACUGGGCGCACGAUGGCGCGUACUACGACCAACAGCGGAAGAACUUGCUGCGCAAGCACGGCAUCGACCUGGACGACACCAAGAACGGCGCUGGUGCGGCGACGCGGGCUCGCGCACGCGAGGUUGCAGCUGCGAAUGGAGGCGGCAACACCGGCGCAGGCAAGCGCGGACAGGCUGGAGCUGGGCUCGAUGACAAGGAGCUCAACGAGGUCAUGAGCGAUCGCAAUAAUGACGGUACGCCAUUGACCCACGUGCUCACGUGGAGAGACAAGCAGAAGAAAAAGAUUGCUUACUCUGUCGUCGGCACCAACAACUACAUGGCGCCCGAGGUGCUGCGGGGUCUGGGCUAUGAUCAGUCGUGCGACUGGUGGUCGCUAGGAGUCAUUGUGUUCGAGAUGCUGUACGGCUACCCGCCUUUCGUGUCCAAGUCGCGUCACCUGACGAGGCAAAAGAUUUUGAAUUGGCGACAAACGCUCAAAUUUCCACCGAAGCCCAGGGUGUCGAAGGAUGCUCAAGACUUUAUCAUGAGAUUAAUCUGCGAAAAGGACGAUAGGCUAGGUUCGCAGUCCACCGCAUCUGUCAGUCGACCCAAUUCGUUGCUGCAAGGCUCUCGACAGCAGCGAAGCGGGUUUGCGGCGACGAACCAUGGUGGAGCGAGCAGUGUGCCUGGACUUGCGGAUGGCGUGGAGGAUCUCAUGUCCCACCCGUGGUUCAGAAACGUCGAUUUCUCCUCCAUCCAUUCGCAGCGGACGCCCUUUGACCCCAAGCUGGCCCAUCCUGCAGACACGCGCAACUUUGAAGAGGGCAUAGAGGACGAACCGCUGGCUGCGCCCGGCGCUGCCGAAGCUGCCAAGAAUGGUCAACCCGUGCCGCUCGAACAGCCGCGAGAUCCGAUGCUGAGAGACAAGGCAGAGGGAGAUCGACUUUUGGAAAUGAGAAAGCAGUUGGCUUUUGUUGGCUACACGUUCAAGAGUCCCAAACCCUUUGACGCCAAGACUCAAAUCACGGAGAGCAAAGUGAUCGCUGCGGAAAGAGCUUCUGCUGCUGCUGCUGCUGCUGGACACACUGGUGCGGCGCCUGGUCUACCACUCGCGUAUGAGCAUGCGGAGCCUACGUUGGGCGGCAGCAGACUUCGAAGCAUGUCCAUGUAGCCCUUCGAGUGCAGAUCACUGGGGAGCCCAGACGAACCCUUUGAUCGAACCUUGCGGAAGCGCUUACCCGCCCCCUCCCCCCGCACAAUUCCGAUCCGGACUCGGACCUGCACCCGCGUACACCCCCCCUUCUUCUCUCGUUGCCCACU